AUGGCCGCCGAAGCUACGAGCGCCGAGAUCCAGGAGCGCUUCGCCUCUGCGGGUGGUGCAAAUCUCGAAGCAGACGUCCUUGCCGAAUUACAAUCAAUCAUGCGACUGCACUCGAUCGAUGUGGAGGAGUUAUGGUACAAGUGGGAAUCAUACAGCAUGAAGAUGGCUUCCGACGACAUGAAGCUGAACAUUGAGACUGCGCGAGCCCUCAAGAAGGAUGUACAAGACGGGUUGGAGCGUGACAGCCGGUCAAAACAACAUCUCCACUCCAGCAAGCGGGCGGGAGCAACCCCUCGCGCCGUGACGAGCAGUGGCGAUGUAUUUGGAAUGCUGGAUGGACUUGUGCCAAACACGCCAAAGGCUGGAUCUGCGAGUAAAGCGAGCGCUGCGUCCCGGCGCAAGUUCGAAACCCCCUCCAUGUCCCGAGUGAGAGCAGAGCCUGCAAGUAGUCCACCAGAUUUUAAGACCCCGUACAAGCCCGGAGAGCCCACCGGAAAACCGUGCAGUGUUUCUUUCAACGAUCGACCAAACGCCGGGCAAGAAAUCGAGAUUCUCAAUGGCCACCUGCAGGUCCCAGAACCGCCCAUGGCGCCAUUCGGGGAACCUCGAAUCAAGCUCACCGCCCAUUCCGACUUGAAGAAGCUCUCGUACAAGCCUAUGGCUAUGAAGUCCUCUGAGGCAUCUGAGAUCCUGGACGACAAAAUAGACGAGUUCAUGCAGUUGAUCCAAGAACAUCAUAAAUUGGACGACUCGGACUUUGGCAGUGCCGCAAGUCAGAGUACGAACGAGGUCGUGGCCGUUGGGCGAAUAGCAUCAGACUCACUUUCGGGAAAACUCAACGCCUCUUCUCUCGUGUUAGAGACCUCCCGAAGAAUGGGAGCGGGUUUGCGGAUCCCCCUCAAUGUCACUUCGCUGUCCGGAUUCAAGUUCUUCCCGGGUCAGAUAGUAGCGAUGAAGGGGAUCAAUGCCUCGGGAGACAACUUUGCCGUCAGAGAGGUCUUGGAAGCUCCAUUACUGCCCGGUGCUGCCUCGCCCCCCGCUCUACUAGAAAGCCAUAUCCAGAGACUGAGAGGAGGGCCUGAUGCUAUGGACUCCGACUCCGAACCGGCGCCUCUUAGCAUAAUGAUAGGUUCGGGACCUUAUACCGCAGAUGACAACCUGGAUUUCGAGCCCCUGCAUGCUCUUUGCAGCCAAGCAGCAGAUACAUACGCAGACGCGCUUAUUUUGACUGGACCAUUUCUAGAUAUAGACCACCCUCUCAUCGCUACAGGGGAUUUCGACCUCCCCGAAGAAGCAAUGACCGAGCCAGACACUGCCACGAUGACCACACUAUUCAAAUACCUCAUCUCGCCAGCUCUCAUCCGCUUAGCCGCUGCCAACCCACACGUCACCAUCCUCCUCAUCCCCUCCGUCAAAGACGUAAUCAGCAAGCACGUCUCCUGGCCCCAAGAAGCCUUCCCGAGAAAAGACCUCGGCCUCCCCAAAGCCGUCCGCAUCGUCGGGAAUCCCAUCAUCAUAUCCCUCAACGAGGUGGCCGUCGGCAUCUCCUCCCAGGACGUCCUCACGGAGCUGCGAUCGUCGGAGACAGCCGAGGGCCGCGCGCGAGAGACCCCCAUCUUGUCCCGGCUGUCGAGCUACCUGCUCGAGCAGCGCAGCUUCUUCCCCAUCUUCCCGCCGCUGGACAGGGCCAGCUUGCCGAAGAGCGGGACCGCGAGCGGCAUCCCCACGGGCGCCAUGCUGGACACGAGUUACCUGAAGCUGGGAGAGAUGGUCAGGGUGCGUCCGGAUGUCCUGAUUCUGCCUAGCGCACUGCAGCCGUUCUCAAAGAGACAGGUUGUCGAAGGUGUCGUCGUCAUCAACCCGGGUCAUGUUUCCAAACGAAGAGCCCCGGGGACUUUCGCCAGGCUGACCGUCCAUCCGGCCACCAUGACAGAGGAGGAGCGAGGCGCCUCGGUUCUCGCACACAAAGUCUACGAGAGGGCGUGCGUGCAGAUUUUCAGGAUCUGA